AUGGGUUUCACCAAGAUUGUUCCUCUUCUGCUGCUCGCCGCCAAGGCUGCUCUGGCCAACACCCCUAUUGCCGUGAGCGACUUCACCCAGAAUGGAGGUCUAGCCGCAGCUAUGGCCGCCGCUCCUAUGUGGUACAUGGCUUCAGGCACAUGCAUGCCCUCAGCUGCUGAGGAUGGCGAAGGCAACCAGACCAACGGCGUGGAUGCAGACAACUGCAACAUCAACGCGCUCGCAAACGGCUGCCCUACUCAGCCAACCUGGCAGGGAGCCAAUACAUUUUAUGGAAACGUUUCGGGGGAGCCAUUUUUUACGAUCCCGACGUACUGGGCAUCGACUUUCUGCAAUGGAGAUUCCUCUGGCUCUGAUGCUUCAUACCGUAUCAUUUAUUAUGUGUACUUCAAGAAGGACACUGGCCACAAGAGCGACUGGGAAGGUAUCGUCGUGAGAUUCACCAGCCCGGAUGGAGGAAACACCUAUACUCGUGAAUCAGUCAUUAUGGAGCAAGAUGGUAACCACGUCCACAUCAGCUGGUCCGAUGUCAAUGAUACUUUCCAGGGCGAUGACGACUGGCAGGCGUUUGCUCAGAAGAACCUUGACCACGGCAAGUUCUACUUUGGCAAAUUCCACCACUCGGUUCACCAGGACUGGUACACCGCAGCUUUCAAGAACACUUGCCCUCCUCUCUCGGCUGAUGACUACCGUAACUCCGACUACCAAUUCUGGGCUGCGAACAACCUGCGUCCCGUGUCAGUCUUGAACCCCAACUGGGUCUGGGGCAAGGCUGACUCGCCUGCCAAUAUCGACAUCUGCUCUUACUAA